AUGAAGAAAUAGAGUCGGAUUAUUAUAUGUCAAAGAAGUAUAGAAAUAACCCACAGAAAGCGUACCAGAAGAAGUUACUGCAGGAUAUAAAGAUUCAGUUCCAGAAAGCUCUGGCGAAGCUGAAUGACCCGAAUACUAAGGAGAUAGGGUUUAGAGAGCUUCAAAAUAUUGUGCUUGAAUACCAAUCUGAGGAAUGAUUAAGGUUGUACCUGAGUCUGCUUUGAGAUAGAAUUAUAAAGACUGAACGGACUGAAGUAAUCCUCAUGUUUGGAUUCUUAGCCCAGGUAUAUAAAUUGGCACUCCUAGAUCCAUUGGAUAAGCCUCCGAACGUCAUCAAAACAGUUGUGAGAAUUUGAGAUGAGAUUUAUUCAUACCUCAAAACAAACGUAAAUGUUGUUGAAGAGGCUUGAAGUUCAUCUCUCUUAGAGAUCUUUACUCAUUGAGUUCCUGACAAGGAUGAUAAGUUCCUUGUAUCAGCUAUUUUCUAUAAACCCCUUGCGGGUUAUAUAGCCGCUGGGGGAGAUAAGGUAGCUCAGGAGAAGGCUGCCUUCAUUCUGUACAAGUUCAUCACUCACCUGAUCGAAGAAGACUACUAUGAUCUUGCCAACUUCUUUGCUCCAAAAAUAAUAGCAUUAUAUGUAAAGUCUUCCUGCAUCUCUGCUGAGUUCACCAAGACUUGUGUCUUGGUGCUCAAACAUGUAGGAGUGAAGUACUUUGUUACUUUUAUCAAUGAAAUUCUUUUCAAACAAAUUGAAAUUCUCACCUUAGGCAAAUCUUCGAAGGAACAAAGAAUUUCAAGGGUAGACACACAGUACCACAAGGAGAAAGUAGCCUCUUGAGAGUUCCUAGCUGAGCUUGCAAUUUCUUUACAAACUGUUCCAGAUCUGCUCAUUGGAUUUGAAGAGAACGUCAUGGAAGUUCUUGAAGAUACAAUGUCCGAUAGAGUCGUCAAGGUCCAACAAGCAGCUCGAUUUGCCAAGAAAAGAUGGGACGAUUUCAACAAAAUCUUUGAUGUGAUAGAAGAGAAGAAAUGGGUUGUUGACACUGAAAUGACUGGACUUUAUCCUGAGGAAAUCUUACAGAUUAGAACUGGAUUGGAAGAUACUGCGAAUGAAAGAAUAACUUACUUUCUUCAAAAUAAGGUAAAAGAUCUUUACUCAAAAGGCCCUAAACAAUCUGAUCCAAGUCCAAUUGGCAAAUAAGGGAAGAUCUAUGUCUAUGGGAAGCGAUUCCAACAUUCUAGAUUCUAAUCACAACAAAAAUAAUUAUGCUUAUCCCCAUAAAGCUGUUAGAACUGGGGAAAACUUUGCAAAGUUUGAAUUAGAUGAUUCAAUGUGGCAAAAUAAGGUAAAAUCCAGCAAAUUCCUGAAAUCAAGGCAAGGCUUCGGAGGAGGCAACAUCCCUGGCAAACGAAUUGGGAAGAAAAUAAGAACGUACUACUAA